GACUCAACUCGACGACGACUUUCCUCGACGACGAUGAAGACAAUGACUCCUCUGCUUGCGCUUGCGCUUGCGCUUGCUGCAGUGUGCGUGGGCAUGGCUACGGCUGCUCCGCCGAGCCUCCUCACCGCUGAGCAUGGCUACACCUUUGCCGCUUACCUCGACGACUUUCCUUCGGUGACUCAGAUGUGGUCGGAUGUCACGGUGGACCGGGAAUCUAUUUUCGCGCGCCGCCUCGCUGUCAUCAACGCUCAUAACGCCCGCUACCUCGCUGGCCACGCCUCGUGGUACAUGGGCGUCAACCUCCACACCGCCCUCACCGAUUCGGAGCGUGCUUCCCUUCGCGGCCUCCGCCCGGAGCGCAACGCUCACGCCGGCAAGCACGCCACGCCCUACGUCCCGCGCUCGGCCUCGCUCGCCGACCUCCCCUCUCAUAUCGACUGGCGCGACCACUCGCCGUCCAUCACCACCGCCGUCAAGAACCAGGGCCAGUGCGGCUCCUGCUGGUCCUUCGCUACCGCCGAGACCCUCGAGUCCCACUACGCGCUCGCCACCGGCAAGCUGCAGGCCCUCUCGCAGCAGCAGGUCCUCGAGACGCCGAACCCGCAGCAGUGCGGCGGAACCGGCGGCUGCGGUGGCGGCACGGCCCAGCUCGCCUAUGACUUUAUGGUCGACGCCUGGAACGGCACCCUCGGCUCCGAGUGGACCUACCCUUACCGCUCGUUCUUUGGCCAGAACUUCCCGCCGGUCUCCAACUCUUCCGCCAUGAAGGCCCCUGCCGCCGCCAUUACCGGCUACAUGCAGCUGCCUAACAACGACGCGCACGCCCUCAUGGACGCCCUCGUCAACGCCGGCCCCAUCGCCGUCUCCGUCGACGCCUCCGUCUGGCACGACUACGCCGGUGGCGUCUUCAACUCGUGCAACCAGACGAACCCAGACAUUGACCAUGCUGUUGUCCUCAUGGGUGCAGGCAACGACCCCAAGUACGGUCCCUACUGGCUCAUCCGCAACUCCUGGUCGCCCUCCUUUGGCGAGAACGGCUACAUCCGCAUCGCCCGCCCGGCCACCCCGUCCUGCGGCCUCGACAUCAACCCGGCCGACGGCUUUGGCUGCAAGGGUGGCCCCAAGUCCAUCGAGGUCUGCGGCACCUGCGGCAUCCUCUCCGACUCGUGCUACCCCAUCCCCAAGAUCUAGUUCGACAUCUCCUUCAAUGAACUGCGCGUCCUAGCCAUACAA